AUGGCUGACCCCACCCCCACGCCUACGCCCGCCAACGGCCAGACCACCCAGCCGGCCACAGCUCCUGCCGAGACAAAGCCUGCAGACAUGUCGAAGGAGCAGACUCCCGCCGCCGCUGGAGCCGCGCCGGCUGCGCCCAAGGAAGAGAAGCUGUCGGGCGCCGAGCUCAAGAAGCGCGCCAAAGCCGAAAAGGCCGCAAAGCGUGCUGCCGAGAAGGCAGCUAAAGAUGCAACAGGCGGAGGUGCUCCGCCGCCGCCUGCGGGAAACAAGAAGCAAGAAAGCAAGCAGAAGGAGCAGAAGGGAGGCCAGCAGAACCAGCAGGCUGGAGGUUCGCGGGGCGGCCAGCAACAGGACCGUCCGCUUCCCACGCGGAGGAGGCCGUCGCAGAGCGGGCCUGCUGGCGGGCCCCUAAAAGAGGCCAAGAGCGAGAAGAAGAAGCACGCUGAGAAGCAGGUCGGCUUGUUCGGGCACCUCUACGGCCAGCCGCGGAGGCAUGAGAUUGAGGGCGCGGCUAAGGAAGUCCACCCCGCCAUCCUGGCGCUGGGUCUGCAGAUGAGCAGCUAUGUUGUCUGCGGCAGCAACGCCCGGACUGUCGCUAUGCUGCUAGCCUUCAAGUCGGUUAUUGAGUCGUACACCACUCCUCCCGGCACCUCGCUCGCUCGCCAUCUUACCUCCCACCAUCUUUCGCCUCAGAUCUCUUACCUCUCCAGCUGCAGACCGCUUUCCGUGUCCCAAGGAAAUGCCAUUCGUUGGCUGAAGGACCUCAUCAUUAAGGUCGACCCCUCGGUUCCUGAGACGACUGCAAAGGCCCACCUCCUCUCCCACAUUGAUACUUUCAUUCGCGAGAAGUUCACCGCUGCCGAUGAGGUCAUUUCGGAAUCCGCAAGCGCUAAGAUUGUGGACGGCGACGUAAUCGUUACAUUUGCGAAGAGUAGCAUUGUGCUCAAGACCCUUCUCCGUGCCCAUGCAGACGGCCGCAAGUUCCGUGUCAACGUGGUCGACUCGAAGCCGCUCUUUGAAGGAAAGCAGAUGGCGCGUAGCCUCGCGGCUGCUGGAAUCCAGGUCAGCUACUGCCUCGUUGGUGCCGCGUCGCACGCAGUCAAAGAAGGCUCCAAGGUCUUCCUUGGUGCGUCUGCCAUGAUGAGUAACGGCCGGCUUUAUUCGCGCGUCGGCACUGCAAUCAUCGCCAUGUUUGCGCAUGAGCGUGAUAUUCCCGUCAUCGUGUGCUGCGAGUCUGUCAAGUUCACCGAACGCGUUGCGCUCGACUCGAUCGUCAACAACGAAAUCGCUCCGGCGGAUGAGAUUCUCGGUCACGGAGAAUGGAUUGGCGAAGGCCUUACGAACGGAGAUGACGAGGAGGGAGCGGAGAAGAAGGGACGCGAGGGUGCCUUGAAGAGGUGGAAGGAGACACCUCAUCUGCAGCUGUUGAACGUGCUGUACGACGUCACGCCGGCCGAGUAUGUGAAGAUGGUUGUCACCGAGAUGGGAAGUUUGCCGCCAAGCUCGGUUCCUGUUGUGCACCGGAUCAGCACGAGCGUCUGA